AUGAUGCGGGCAACUGGAGUAAUGCCGACUUCCACAGGCUUUCCGAAUACCGGGCAGCCGGCCUUCCGAGUGAUGAGGCCGCAAACCGCUGGCAACAAUGUUCAGGAAGCGAGGACAAACAUGACGCAACUGUACAACCAGAUGUCACCAGCGCAGCAAGAAGACUUUCCGCUACCGCCUUUGCCAAACAUGCCAGACGGGGCUUCCACACCACCGGCAUCCACGUAUCCGCGAGAUGCGCGGCCCAGGAGCCCCAGGGUCUCCCGACCGUUGACCCCCACAGGAUGCCGCACCCCAACGGCCCCUGCUCCACCUGGAGCUCCACCGGGGAUGCCUGGGCACGUCCCCAUGGGUAUGCCCCCGGCCAUGCCCCCAACCGAAACGGUUCCAGGAGCUCGUACACCCCGCAACGGCGCCCGCACACCCGUGAAUGGCUUCAGCGAGGCUCACCGGAACAGCGUUGCCAUCCAGCCCGGCACGCCUUGCCGCGUCGUCACCCCGCGCGGCGGUGCAACUCCCACCACGGGAGCUGGACCCGGCACAGCUCCCUUGGGUUCGGUGCCCACCAUGGGGGGACUCAUGGGACCUGGACCUAUGGGACCCAUGGGAUCCAUGAACCCCGGACCUUGCACUGCGACAACCCCAGCGCGAUAUGCGAGCGGCGCCACUCCACGUGGAGGCACCACUCCACGUGGAAACCUCACACCCCGUGGAGGAAACCUCACUCCUCGUGGUAGGCCGGGAAGCGCCACGCCACGCAGAGCUGGAGGGGUCACCCCACCCAUCUCAAGCGUGCAGCGGUACAACGAAUAUGGGCAAGCAGAGGAUGACGGGUUCAUCGUGAACGGAAGCUGGGCGCAGCCCCAGCCCCAGCAACCAGGGCACUUCCAGGCCCCGAUGGCUGCGCCACCGGAUGCCUUCUUUGUGCCAGAGCCUCCAACACCCCUUGGCCCAAGUGCACUUCCAUGGUUGCCAUCGAGACGACCUGAAAAUGCGGAUUUCAAGAUGCUGGAGAAGAAGGAGUUCCUUUCCAAGCUCGAUGAAGUCUGCGACGCAUUCCAGCCGGACGAGGUGCCGAUUACGGGGCUGUCGCCAAUGAGCGAGACCCCAAUCUCACCUCAGAACACAUUCAAGAUGGCUGUGGCCCAAAGCUCUUUGAGCACUUUGCUGGAGGAGGCGAUGUGGAGCGGACCCAUCCGCCACAUGGCCAUCUGCGUGAUGGCACGAAGAGUCAUAAUGCUUGCGGAUGCCAUCCGGAACAACACGGAGACUCCAGGUGGCAAAGACCUGAUGGUGGCCCUCCUGACGUCGGUGAAGCAGAUGUGUGCUGCCAACACCAAUGAUGUGUCGGUGAGCAAGACCGCGAAGUUCAGCGGACGGGUGAUUCUGCUGCUCGGGUCCGCGAGCUGCAUGCCAGAGCAACUCAUCAAGCAGUGUGGCGAGCGCUACCGACAGAUCGACCAGAACUGCAUGAUCCUGGCCUUGUCCAUGGGAGCCGAACCUGCCGGAUCGGCUCAGCUUGGCAAGGCCAUGGCACUGGCAGUGAACGCUUGGGGCGAGGCGGAGGAAAAGUACGGCCCACCUGGCACAGCAGGCGGUGCCGGACGACCGGAAUUGCUGGUUCACCUCUUUGGGAGUGCGGGAUUCCAUGCCUGGGCCAAGACUUUGCGCAUCUGGUACGAGCAGUCCUACUAUCCCGACCAGCGACGACUCCAAGGACGAGUUCCGACGAUGGACAGGGUCUUGAGAGGGGUGAUCCUGGACUCUGCUCCAGGCGACUCUGGCAACAAGAUGCUCGGAGCAUUCCCUCUGGUCCAAGGGGACGCUGCAUUGCUGUCUGCUAUGAACGGAUAUGGGGCAGACGGAACAGAGCUCUCCGAGGUUGCGAAGCUGCAGGCCUCACAGAGUUCCAUGAGGGAGCUCACGAAAAGGAACGGCCCUCUCUGGGAGUACUACGAAGAUCUGAUGCGGCAGGAGCAAGGUCUCCAGAUGAUGGUUCAUCAACAUGAGCCCGGCGUCCCGCUUUGCUUUAUAUACUCAAGCUCGGACAGGAUCGCCCCUGCCGUUCAAAUCGAGCGCUACAUCGAUGAGUGCAGAAUGCGGCUGGACCAACUCGAGAGUCAGGCCCCAGAGCCACGGCAGCUGUGCUUCGAGCAUUCUGGCCACGUCGCUCACCGCAGUGGCGCCACAGAAGAAGAAUACUGGAGGACAGUCCAUGACUUCUGGAGGCAGGCGUUGUUCUGCUGA